AUGGCCAACAAACUACAGAAGAAUUACCCCACAGAGGCGGACUUUCCCGACCUGACGAAGCAUAACAACUGGAUGGCCCAAUGCCUGACGCCAGAGAUCUACGCCAAACUCCGGGACAAAACCACACCAAGUGGGUUCUCGAUCGACGCGGCUAUUCAGACUGGUGUUGAUAACCCAGGCCACCCCUUCAUUUAUACCGUGGGAUGUGUUGCUGGUGACGAAGAAACGUACGAAGUAUUCGCUGAUCUGUUCGACCCCGUCAUCGAUGGCCGUCACGGUGGCUACGCGAAGGACGCCAAACACAAGACCGAUCUUAACCCCGCCAACCUGAAGGGAGGUGAUGACCUGGACCCGGCCUACGUCUUGAGCAGCCGUGUCCGCACUGGUCGUAGCAUCAAAGGAAUCUGCUUACCGCCCUGGUGCUCCCGCUCCGAGAGACGCAAGGUGGAGAAGAUUGUUACUGACGCUCUCAACCAGCUUGAUGGAGAAUUCAGCGGUACCUACUUCCCACUGUCCACCAUGUCCGAGGCAGACCAGGACAAGCUGAUCGAAGAUCAUUUCCUCUUUGACAAACCAGUGUCCCCACUCCUAACGUGCGCUGGGAUGGCAAGGGACUGGCCCGACGGGCGAGGAAUCUGGCACAACAAGGACAAGAACUUCCUCGUCUGGGUAAACGAGGAGGACCACACCCGUGUCAUUUCCAUGGAAAAGAGUGGAAACAUGAAGAAGGUCUUCACGAGGUUCUGCGACGGUUUGAACAAGGUCGAAGAGUGCAUGAAGAAGAAAGGAGCAGAGUACAUGUGGAACGAGCAUCUCGGUUAUGUGCUGACGUGCCCGAGCAACCUGGGCACUGGUCUCCGCGCCGGCGUGCACGUACGGAUCCCCAAGGUCAGCGCAGACGAGAAGCGCUUCGACGACAUCUUGGACAAGCUUCGUCUCCAGAAGCGUGGCACCGGUGGCGUUGACACCGCCGCACAGGGAGGCAUCUUCGAUCUCUCAAACGCAGAUCGUCUUGGUUUCUCGGAGGUUGAAUUGGUCCAGUUCGUAGUGGACGGGGUCAAGCUCCUUGUCGAGAUGGAAAAGCGUCUUGAGGCGGGCAAGCCCAUCGAUGACCUCAUCCCAAAAGAGAAGAAGAAAUAG